AUGCGGAAUUCACCUGUCCAACUCUUUGACUUUGGCAAUGUGCUCUCACCUUCCUUCCUCAAGGGCAGUCCUAGCUCAUUACUGCUGAGAAUCAAUUCCCAGAAUCAUUACAUCAAUACCUCCACUGAUGCCUCCAAACUCUCAGGCUCCUAUCAAUCCAAAUUCCCAUCAGCUACAAUGCCUGAUAAGGUCUUCUCACCUGGUUGA